AUGCACUUGGAAAACGAGGACUUUGUGAAUUUUCCAUCCAAAUCUAUUGAAACAGAUCAAUACGAUUCUAGUGAAGACAUGAGUGGUACCUCUACGAUUAGGCAGCGUCGUCCAGUUCAUGAUAAUCAUUCAUCCUAUCCAAAUUUUCGUCUAUCUUUAAAUGAGAAUCCUUUUAGUCGAAAAUUUUUACUAGUAAUUGAAAUUUUGCUAGUAUUGACUUUUUUGAUUGGAUUGAUUUUUUUAUACUUUCAGGUAUUUUUUAAUGAUAAAGCUUCUCAACCCAAUGACCGUUUUCAACCUAACGACGGUUCUCAACUUAAUGACGGUUCUCAACUUAAUACCGAUUUUCAAUCCAAUCAAUAUUUUAAAUCCAAUAACUCUUUUAAUCCCAAUGAUGAUGUUAUUCCUGUUGUAAAGAUGGAUAAUAAUAGUUCUGAGAACCGUGUCAUUAUUGAUCAAUCCAAACCAAUUUCGAUAGAUCUCGAAGAGUUAGACCAAAAUAUUCAUAAUACAGUUGAAGAACUCAGAAAAUUUCAACAUAAAGCUGAAUGGUUCUUUUGGCUUCUUAUAGAAGAAGUGAAAGCUAUAGCUCAAGAAUUUGAAAAACUUCAUUUCUCUAAACAUGAUCGAAGUUUAUAUGAUGAAGUUUCUAUCUCUAUUCAUAAACGCCUCAAAUCUUUAGAUAAUCAGAUAAAUGAUUUUCAUGAUCAAUUCAAACGUGUUGGUUAUGCGAUUGAUCAUGUUCAAAAAAAUGCAAUAAGUACACGAAAGAACCUUAUUGAAGUUAAACGUGAGGCUGAAGAUUCUUUGAAAGAACAGUGGCUAUCUUCUUUGAUUGGUAAAUGGCUUACUAAAUGGUUUAAUAUCACGAAUCCUACGUUACAUGAGAUAGAAGAAGAACUUGAGCAAGUAAACUUUAUCAAAAAGAUGCUAGAAGAUUUUGAUCGCAGUUUUAUUGAAUUUGACGACUUUUUAACAAAUUAUCGUAUCAAAAUCAAUGAAGUUAUCAUACAGAGUGAUGGUGUUCCUGCAAAACCGACCGCCGAAUAUAUAAGUUACUUAAAAAAAGCAGCUGAAGAUCUUGAAAGGCAACAUUCCAAGCUCUUUAGCAAGGAAUCGAUUGGACAUGAUCCCAU